AUGAAAUCAUUAUUCCGUUCAUCAUAUAGAGGUAUAUGGGAAUCGAAUUCUUGUACAGUUUUUUCCAGACAUUACGCCGAGAAGCCAGAAAAGGCGGUUGAACCGCAGAGGAUUUUCAAGGUCUACCGAUUUGCUGGCAUACAGAGUAAUGAAGAACCAAAGAUGCAGACCUUCGAACUGGACGUCCGGAACUGUGGAAACAUGGUUCUGGACGCGAUGAUCAAAAUAAAAGACAUGGACCCCACUUUUACUUUUCGGAGAUCCUGCAGAGAAGGAAUUUGUGGUUCUUGUGCCGUAUGUCUCCAAGGUCACAACUGCCUCGCUUGUAUCACGAAGAUACCUAACGCGAAGACCAUCACCAUCCAUCCUAUCCCUCACAUGUACGUCAUCAGGGAUCUGGUCGUCGAUAUGACCCAUUUCUUUAACGGCUAUAACAGUAUACGACCGUAUUUGAUAACGAAGUCUGGUAAACCGCCGGGUGGCGUACAAUACGCGCAGAGCAUUCAGGACAACUUGAAACUGGUCGGUCUUUACGAAUGUGUGCUGUGUGCUUGUUGUUCAACCUCUUGUCCUAGCUAUUGGUGGAACGGGAGGAGGUUUCUGGGCCCAGCGACCCUCCUGCACGCUUAUAGGUGGGUUAUUGACACUAGGGACGUUGACACACAUAACAGAUUGGCGGAUUUGAGAGACGAUUUCAGAGCAUUCCGUUGUCACACAAUUCUGAACUGUGCGCUGGCGUGUCCUAAGGGAUUGCAUCCAGGAUUCGCUAUCGGUAGGUUGAAGAGAUUAAUAUCUGGGCUCGAUAAAAAGCCUCUGCCUGAGAUGGAACCUUUGAAAUUUGGUGGAUCAUCAGGCGGUUCUUCAUGUGGUACAUCAGGGUCCCCUCCACUGAGCGGGUGUGUUAAGUGA